UCAGCCUUAGUCCUGAACCUGAAAAGGCUACACUCGGAUGGAGUCUUAGAUCACAGGAACUUUCCUAACUGAGAAGCCUAGAAGACUUGGUGAAAUUUUCCUCUUAAAUUUCGUGGAGACUCAGGUAUAAAAAUAACCUUACUGCCACCUACCUGAAGCAGGAGAAGUCACUGACAGCUUCGAGACCAGACCCACCAUGUGCACCAGCAGUGCCUGCGACUUGGAGGAGAUCCCCCUGGAUGAUGAAGACUCAAACAGCAUGGAAUUCCAAAUCCUGGAGUUCUACGUCAAACACCAUGUCUUCAAGGACAGCUCUGCUGUCUGCUCACCAAAGCUGCUGAGAACAAGAAGUCUAUCCCAGAGAGGAAUGGAGAGUUUGUCAGCAAACGAGUCAUGGACACAGGUGUCCUGGCCUUGCAGAUAUUCCCGAUCCAGUGAGAAACCCAUAAACCUCGCCAAGAAAAAGUCUUCUUGGAGAACACUCUUGGGAGUAGUAGAAAAGGAGGAAGCGUCACCGAGCUCGUCUACAGUGUGCCGCCAAGUUCUGGGGGAAUGGAAAAGGUUGCGUGGGGGUGGUCCGCUCAACCAGCACCGCUCCAGGGCCUGUUCUAACGUGGAACAGCACUUAGAGCUCGAAGCUGUGGACCCCAAGGUUGUUUCCAUUGCCAACCGAGUUGCUGAAAUUGUUUAUUCCUGGCCACCACCAGAAGAGCACACCCAGGGAAGAAGCUUCCUGCUCCAAGGCAAUAUUGUACGACAGGGUCUUCAGGUGCAGGACCAGGGCCCCCAGUCUGGAACCACAAGUGCUAAAAAAGAUGGAGAAGACCAAAUAAUAGCCAAAAUCGUUGAGCUGCUGAAAUACUCAGGGGAUCAGUUGGAAAGAGAGCUGAAGAAAGACAAGGCUUUGAUAAACUGCUUCCAGGACGGGUUAUCCUACUCUGUUUUCAAGACCAUCACAGACCAGUUCCUCAAGGGUGUAGACACCAGGGGAGAAGCGGAGGUCAAAGCUCAGGGCUUUAAGGUUGCUCUUGCAAUAGAUGCCACAGCCAAGCUCACUGCCAUUGACAACCACGCCAUGAACAAGGUGCUAGGCUUUGGAACCAAGUACCUGAAAGAGAACUUUUCGUCCCGGAUCCAGCAGCAUGGUGGAUGGGAAAAAGUACUUGGGAUGUCGCAGGAAGAAGUGGACUGAAACGUCAGAAGAUGUGUUAUCUGGAAUACUCAUUGGCCAGCCGUGGCCCUGUGUACAUCAGUCUCAACACAGACUCUAGGAGAAAAUAAAAAUGGACAAGGCAGAUGGAGCACUGAAGUUUUGAAAACCAUUAUUUCUGUGAAUCUAGAGACAUCAGGGGAGGCCCCGUUCGUCUCCAGCUCAUAGGCUGUAGCAGCAUAGCCUGACAUCCAUGUUUUUCUGGCCCUCCACUGAGUGUGUGAAGAAGUCUAGAAAGACCAGUGGUGAGUUUUCUUUCAAAUAUUCAGAACAGAAACCAUCACUCUGCCUCUGUUGGCCACCGUAAGGAAAGCAUGUUACAGAUAUUUGCUAACCUUAUGAGGGCGAAAUGAUAAAUUGUGUGUGCCUAC